GGGACACCAGGCUCAGGUUUCAGCCGAAGUGCCGGACUAUGGCAGCACGAAAAGGCAGGUCCGGUCCAGACGUGGCUGCUGAUGCUGCAACCAGUUUCUUGAGAGCUGCAAGAUCUGGGAAUCUGGACAAAGCCUUGGAUCACCUCAGGAAUGGGGUAGAUAUUAACACCUGUAACCAGAAUGGGCUGAACGCCUUGCACCUGGCCUCCAAGGAGGGCCAUGUGAAAAUGGUGGUGGAGCUGCUGCACAAGGAAAUAGUGUUGGAGACAACAACCAAGAAGGGAAACACAGCCCUACACAUUGCUGCCUUGGCUGGACAACAGGACGUGGUCCGGGAGCUGGUGAACUAUGGGGCCAACGUCAAUGCACAGUCCCAGAAAGGCUUCACACCCCUCUACAUGGCAGCGCAAGAGAACCACCUGGAAGUUGUGAAAUUCCUGCUGGAAAAUGGAGCCAACCAGAACGUAGCCACAGAGGAUGGCUUCACUCCACUAGCUGUGGCUCUCCAGCAAGGACAUGAAAAUGUGGUUGCUCAUCUUAUCAACUAUGGGACAAAGGGUAAGGUCCGUCUGCCUGCCCUGCACAUCGCAGCCCGCAAUGAUGACACUCGCACAGCUGCUGUGCUGCUGCAGAAUGACCCCAAUGCCGAUGUCCUCUCCAAGACUGGAUUCACCCCUUUGCACAUUGCAGCCCACUAUGAGAAUCUCAGUGUGGCCCAGUUACUGCUGAACCGUGGAGCCAGUGUCAACUUCACACCCCAGAAUGGGAUCACUCCCCUGCACAUAGCUUCCCGCCGGGGCAACAUCAUCAUGGUGCGGCUGCUGCUGGACCGCGGGGCCCAGAUAGAAACAAGGACCAAGGAUGAGCUGACCCCUCUCCACUGUGCAGCACGUAAUGGACAUGUGAGAAUUGCAGAGAUCCUGCUGGACCAUGGGGCUCCCAUUCAAGCCAAAACCAAGAACGGCUUGUCGCCGAUCCACAUGGCAGCACAGGGUGACCACCUGGACUGCGUCCGCCUGCUCCUGCAGUACAGCGCUGACAUUGACGACAUCACCCUGGACCACCUCACGCCCCUGCACGUGGCUGCACACUGUGGACACCACCGUGUGGCCAAGCUGCUGGUGGAGAAGGGGGCCAAGCCCAACUCUCGAGCCCUGAAUGGCUUCACGCCCCUCCAUAUUGCCUGCAAGAAAAACCACAUCCGUGUGAUGGAGCUGCUGCUGAAGACAGGUGCCUCCAUUGACGCUGUCACAGAGUCUGGCCUGACCCCCCUGCAUGUGGCUGCCUUCAUGGGACAUCUGCCCAUUGUCAAGACUCUGCUGCAGCGUGGAGCCUCUCCUAAUGUAUCCAACGUGAAAGUAGAGACUCCUCUACACAUGGCAGCCCGAGCUGGGCACACAGAUGUGGCCAAGUACCUGCUGCAGAACAAAGCCAAAGCCAAUGCUAAGGCCAAGGAUGACCAGACUCCUCUGCACUGUGCUGCACGCAUUGGCCACACUGGCAUGGUCAAACUCCUUUUGGAGAACAACGCUAACCCCAACCUGGCCACCACAGCAGGGCACACACCCCUGCACAUCACUGCCAGAGAGGGGCACAUGGACACAGCCCUGGCCCUGCUGGAGAAGGGAGCCUCUCAGACCUGCAUGACCAAGAAAGGAUUUACCCCUCUCCACGUUGCAGCCAAGUAUGGAAAGGUGGAUGUGGCAGAGUUGCUGUUGGCACAUGAUGCUCACCCCAAUGCAUCAGGGAAGAAUGGCCUGACUCCACUGCAUGUGGCUGUGCACCACAACAACUUGGAGAUUGUCAAACUGCUGCUUCCCAAGGGGAGCUCCCCACACAACUCAGCCUGGAAUGGGUACACCCCCCUUCACAUCGCUGCCAAGCAGAACCAGAUGGAAGUGGCCAGCAGCCUGCUGCAGUAUGGGGCUUCUGCAAAUGCUGAGUCUAUGCAGGGAGUCACUCCCCUCCACCUGGCUUCCCAGGAGGGCCAUGCAGACAUGGUGGCACUGCUUUUCUCCAAACAAGCCAACGGCAACCUAGGCAACAAGAGUGGCCUGACUCCUCUCCACCUUGCAGCCCAAGAGGGGCAUGUGCUAGUUGCUGAUGUUCUAGUGAAACAUGGAGUCACAGUGGAUGCAAUGACCAGGAUGGGCUAUACCCCGCUGCAUGUGGCCAGCCAUUAUGGGAACAUCAAGCUGGUGAAGUUCUUGCUGCAACACCAAGCGGAUGUCAAUGCCAAGACUAAGCUGGGCUACACCCCCCUGCACCAAGCAGCACAGCAGGGCCACACAGAUGUGGUAACACUGCUGCUGAAGCAUGGCGCAUCUCCCAACGAGAUCAGCACGAAUGGCACCACUCCCCUGGCCAUUGCAAAGCGGCUUGGCUACAUUUCUGUCACAGAUGUGCUCAAGAUUGUCACAGAGGAAACCGACAUCCCGUCAGUUGGCGACAAGCACCGCAUGAGCUUCCCAGAGACCGUAGAUGAGAUUCUGGAUGUAUCAGAGGAUGAAGGCACUGCUCAUGUCACAGUAAUGGAGGAAGAGCUGAUUGCACCAAAACCCAAGACACCUGAUUUCGGAGACCAGGAAGGCAAAAGGGAGAGACUGGAGUUCAUGACCACAGCAAUACUGGAGCAAACGGUGGAGUCUCCAGCUGUCCUGCAGGUCCCCUGCAUCCCACCUGAAACUGUAGUGACCAGAGCUGAGGAGACUGAGCAGGUAGGACCUGUGGAGACAGAAGCUGAGCAAGUCAGCCUGCUGCAUGCACCCUCGGUGUCCCCACAGGAGCCCUCCAAAGAGUUCGACGAGGACUCCCUGAUCCCCAGCAGCCCUGCCACUGAGACCUCGGAUAACAUCAGCCCGGUGGCCAGCCCUGUGCACACAGGGUUCCUGGUAAGCUUCAUGGUGGAUGCUCGUGGUGGCUCCAUGCGGGGCAGCCGGCACCAUGGUCUGCGUGUGGUCAUCCCGCCCCGUGCCUGUGCUGCACCGACCCGCAUCACCUGCCGCCUGGUGAAGCCCCAAAAGCUACCUGCACCCCCACCACUGGCUGAGGAGGAGGGUCUGAGCAGUCGGAUCAUUGCUCUGGGGCCUGCUGGUGCCCAAUUCCUCAGCCCUGUCAUUGUGGAGAUUCCACACUUUGCCUCAUAUGGACGUGGAGACCGUGAGCUGGUAGUGCUGCGCAGUGAGAACGGCUCUGUCUGGAAGGAGCACCGCAACCGCUAUGAGGAGAGCUACAUGGACCAGCUGCUCAAUGGCAUGGACGAGGAGCUGGAGAGCCAGGAGGAGCUGGAUAAGAAGAGGGUCUGCCGCAUCAUCACCACCGACUUCCCUCUCUACUUCGUGGUCAUGUCCCGGAUUUGCCAGGACUGUGAUAUGAUUGGCCCUGAAGGAGGGUGUUUGAAAAGCACACUGGUGCCCAUGGUACAGGCCACCUUCCCAGACACUGCUGUCACCAAAAGAGUGAGGCUGGCCCUGCAGGCACAGCCUGUGCCUGAUGAGUUGGUGACUAAGCUGCUGGGGAACCAAGCGACCUUCAGCCCCAUUGUCACAGUGGAGCCACGACGGAGGAAGUUCCACCGCCCCAUUGGCCUCCGUAUCCCACUGCCACCAUCCUGGAAGGACAAUCCCCGAGACAGUGGUGAGGGUGACACCACCAGCCUACGUCUGCUCUGCAGUGUGAUUGGAGGGACAGCCCAAGCCCAGUGGGAAGACAUAACAGGCACCACAAAGCUGGUCUAUGAAAAUGAGUGUGCUAACUUUACCACCAAUGUGUCUGCCAGGUUCUGGCUGGCCGACUGCCCACGCACAGCUGAGGCUGUGCACUUUGCCACCAUGCUGUACAAGGAGCUGACAGCCGUGCCCUACAUGGCCAAAUUUGUGGUGUUUGCCAAGAUGAACGAUGCGCGAGAAGGCCGGCUGCGCUGCUACUGCAUGACUGAUGACAAGGUUGACAAGACUUUAGAGCAGCAUGAGAACUUCACUGAGGUGGCCCGCAGCAGGGACAUUGAGGUGGUGGAGGGAAUGCCUUUGCAUGUCGAACUCUCAGGGAACCUGGUGCCUGUCAAGAAGGCUGCUCAGCCCCGCACCUUCCUCUUCCAGUCCUUCCGGGAGAAUCGUCUUGUCAUCCCCAUCAAGGUCCGGGACAGCAGCCGGGAAGCCAGUGGCUCCCUGUCUUUCUUGCGCAAGGCCAUGAAAUACGAAGACCUCCAGCAUGUGCUCUGCCACCUGAACAUCAGCAUACCACCCUGCACCAAGGGCAGUGGCAGUGAUGAGCGAAGGAGGACACUGACGCCAUUGUCUCUGCGGGAGCGAUACAGCAUUCUAAGUGAGACCAGUUUUGGCUCUCUGAGCAGCACAGACAAGGCAGACCAGAAGAUGGUUGACAUAGCAGAACAGCUGGGUCUCAGCUGGGCCGAGCUGGCACGUGAGCUGCAGUUUGGGGUGGAUGACAUCAACAGGAUACGUGUGGAGAACCCCAACUCCCUUCUGGAGCAGAGCAUAGCCUUACUCAACCUCUGGGCCAGCCGCGAGGGCAAGAAUGUCAAGAUUGAGAACCUGUACACGGCACUGAGAAACAUUGACCGCAGCGAGAUUGUCAACAUGCUGGAGGGCUCGGGUCGGCUGAGCCGCAGCCUGAAGGGAAGCUGGCGCUACACGGACAGAGACUACUCCCUCUCACCAUCCCAGAUGAAUGGUUACGCUUCACUGCAGGACGAGCUGCUGUCCCCUGCCUCCCUGCAUUACACACUGCCAUCCCCGCUGCGUGCCGACCAGUACUGGAAUGAGGUGGCCAUCAUGGAUGCUAUCCCCAUGGCUGCCACUGAGCAGGAUGCCCUGAUGGAGAUGUCCGACAUGCAGGUGUGGUCCUCAGGGCUCACCCCCUCGCUGGUGACUGCUGAGGACUCCUCUCUGGAGUGCAGCAAGGCUGAGGACUCGGAUGCCACAAGCGAAGGCCGGUUCCCAGGGCAACUUCUAGCAGAUGCUCAUGGCCCAGACCACAUGGGCUCUAUGGACCUGGUUGAGGAUGACACAGUGGACUCAGAUGCCAUGAAUGGCCUGAUUGACCUUCUAGAGCAGGAGGAGGGGCAGAGGCCAGAGGGAAAGAUGCCAUCUGGUGAUCAUCAACCAGGGACUGGGGAGCAGGACCCGGAGAGUGAAGUCUCUUUUGUUUCAGUUCAGCAGAAGGUGCAAGCCAGGAUCAUGACAUCACCCUCCUUUAGCCAUGCUGUGGAGAAGAGUGCAGACAGGCUGAGGGACUGGAAUGCAGAAGGCUCCUUUAUCUCCUGCCUACAGGACCUGACAGCGGGCUCCUGGCAGGAGGGAGUCACCCAAAAGCUGCUCCCAACGCACACCACAGCCUCCGGGGCACAGGGCCAGGAGCAAGAGCAGGUCCUGAUGCCAGCCAUGGAGCUGAUGCGGAUCAGCUCUACAGAGGACAGCGACCGGCAGCCUCAGCACCCCACAGGCGGCUGGCAGGAGGAGGCCGACAGCCGCUUCUUUGGGCAGGGGAAUGAAGCCCUUCAUCUCCCUGGAGAGCAGGUGACUGAGGAGCAGUUCACAGAUGAUCAAGGCAAUAUCAUCACCAAGAAGAUUAUCCGGAAGGUGGUGCGUCAUCUGGGCCCUGGUGUCAUGGAUGACAGGCAGGAACAGGAGGAGCUGAUUCUGGAGGGCUCCCUACAGGAGCCCCAAGACCUGGAGGCUGAGGAUGAUCACUUCAUGAAGUACUCCAUCUUGCAUCAGGAUGGUCUGGGUGCCAAGGAGGAGGUGCGAGUGCGUGUCCCGAAACCAGAGGUCUCUGGGGGCAGGAUGGGGGCUCAGAUAGUGAAACGAGCCAGCCUGAAAAGGGGGAAGCAGUGACCCCUCAAAUGGCCUCUUUUGAGGAUCACACCUCAACACCAAACCACUGAACUUCACACACGUUCUGACACAUACCUGGGAAGAGAAGAGAAGAAAGGAGAGGAGAGCAGAGAGUGGAGGGGAGCAGGGCUGGCUGUACAUGUUUCUAUAAGCUAAUGGCAUGAUUUCUGUAUGAGACAUACUUACCGUCCUAUCCGCAUGACUGACUGACUGCAAGACGCAUGAGCUACAGUACUUAAAACUGACGAGGGGCCUCUAUCCCUGCCCCGCUGCUGCCAGGAGCCCAGAGACAGCACCACACACCAGGGGUAUGCUCUCAGCUCCUUUGGAAGGCAAGAGCUGGAGUAGAAGGAAAUGAGAUGGAGAUUGCACAUCUGUGUGAUUGUGUGUGUAGAUGCAUCCCCAAGUCUGUGCUCCAGCUUUAAGAGGAAAGCUGGGACAGCAUGGUGCUGCUCACCACAGAAGAAGAGGUGCUUGCCCCCCUGCAAAUGCCUGUGCUGCCUCUGCUGGACUUGCUUCUCGUCCCUCCCUGUGAGUGUUGGGCUUUGGGGAUGGCAGCAGUGGCCAGAGGGUGCAAGGGGAGGCUGCAGGGAGCACAGCUGCCCUGGGCAGAGGGACUGGUGCAGGGCUGCCCUUCCUCUCCCCAGCACGUGCAAAGUCUCCCACCAGGGCAGAGCUCUGGGCUGAGCACUGAGCUCCUUGCUUAUGUUGAAAGUGUAAACUGUACAGCAAUCAGCCUUGUGUAUAUGAACCAAUAAAUACUAUGCAAACCCCUAGGGACACUCUAGCAGUAUGUACAAAGCACUAACAGCUCUGCUCUCAAAUACCUCUUCAGGCUGCAGGAUGGGCAAAGCCUUUGGAAUAUGUGAGCAGCUCUGGUGAAUGGAGCAGGAAGGCUAUAGGAGUGGGAGGGCAGCAGCCCAUCCCUGUCCUGUGCCACUCUGCCUGAGCCUGGCCCCUUCCUGGCCUGAAGAGGGGGGGCUAGAGGUGCAGUCCCAUGGUCUAGCCCCAGUUUGUGUUGGAUCCAUCUGGAUUGAAGCUGUAGGCCUGUGCUGAGGUUCUUGGAGCCCAGGGAGGAUGUGCAGUGAGAGAGCAGGGGGUGCUUGUGCCACACAUGGGGUUGUGCCUAGCUCUACUCAGCACAAUAUCUGCUCAGGAGAUGAGCCAGGAGCUAGCAAUAGCCAACAGCCGUGCAAUACGCACCCCAGGCAAGGGCUUUGCAGGGACCCUGGCCUCCCUGCGAGGGGGGUUAUAGCCCUGCAUACUGACCCUCUCGGGACCAAUCCCAGAGACAUGGGGUCUGCUGCCCUGGGGGCUGGGGCAGCCUCAGGCCGGCUGCUCUAGCAGGAGAGCAGCACAGGGCAGAGCGCUCAGAGUCUGGGCAGUAGGUUGAAUCUAUUGUAAUACCUGACCCCAGGAGCGCAGGGUGCAGGUAGUGGCACUUGGUCACAGGUCCCUGACCCUGUCCUUUAACCAAACUGAUACAGGGACCUGGCCUUUGUAGCACAGUGAUGUGGGGACGCCCUGCUCUUUCUCCUGGAAGUGGCCAUGAACCUGCUUUGCUGAGUCCGAGUUUGUUCUCCGUGGCCAGGUGCAGAACAAGUGCACCUCCAGCUUCAGGCCACGUGGCCUUGGCAGGGCAGCCCUCCCUUUCAGUGGGUACACAUCUGCUGGGAGAGCCCCUAGCUGCCCUGCGGCCAAGAAGCCUCGCUCCAGCAAAGCGACUGACCCAGAUUAGCCUUGGAGAGCAAAGCAGUCCCCUCCCCACCCCAAAGUUGAGCCAUAUAGGCACAGACUCUUCAUCCGUCACCCUUGCUGCGUACAAUAACCUCCCUAGACCCACUGCAACAGCUGACUCCGUAGCAUCACCCUAGAGUUGUGUGUGGGUCCAGUGCUUUGGCCUUGUGUAUGCCGUAGGGAAUGUGCUGUCUGCAACCGUGCCAGGCACCUGCAGUGACAUUGCUUUGCGCUCAGAUUGCUUGUAGGGCUGGUAGGGGGAGGCUGCACCCAACAUUGAGCCUAGAGAAUGCUGCAGUCUGCACACUAGAAGCUUUUUAGAAGUUUUAAAAAUUACUUUUAUUUUCUUUUUUUAAUUGUUAUGGAAACAAGCCUUUUGGAUCUCCCUGUCUUAGGCCCUGAUGUAUAGAUCAUUUCCCUGUACACCAGCUAACAGACUAUGAAUUAAUAAAUAAAUCAACACA